AUGCCCUCGCACGUUACCUUCAAGAGCGGGGUCUGGCGUGUGUCUGCCAAUCUCUAUCAACCUGCUUCUGGAGCUUCAAUGGACCGAAAGAAGGCUGCCAUUGUUGUCGGUCAUCCUUUUGGAAGCGUCAAAGAGCAGACAUCAGGACUCUAUGCUGAACGCUUGAGCAAGGAAGGAUUCGUUACCCUUGCUUUCGACGCUGCUCACUAUGGAGAAAGCGAAGGCGAACCUCGCUAUUUGGAAAACCCGUACCAACGCGUGGAGGACUUCAAGGCGGCCGUAACAUUCCUCACAACCCUCGAAGAUGUCGACCCAGAGCGGAUCGGCGUUCUUGGUAUUUGUGCCUCCGGCGCCUAUGUGACUUGCGCUGCGUCAACGGACGUGCGCAUGAAAGCUGUUGCAGCAGUGAGCUCUCUCGAGAUGGGACGCUUCUUCCGUGAUGGUUUGGGUAAUACCCAGACAGUGGAUCAACUUCGCCAGGGCUUGGCUCACGCAGCCAAGCAGCGAAAUAUCGAAGGUGCAGGAAAUGAUUUGGAGCUUGCUCCUAUUGCGCCGACCUCUUUGGACCAAAGCGCGCCGCAACUAUAUCGCGAGGGCUAUGACUAUUACCGGACAUCCAGAGCCAAGCAUCCGCGUGCUACAAGUGUCUUCGUCACUCGGAGUUUGGAGCUUUGUGCAUCAUACGACUCAUAUGCUUUCAUCCACCUGAUUUCCCCGCGGCCUCUCCUUCUCAUUGCUGGCACCAAGGCCGACACGAUGUAUUACAGCGAAGAAGCUUAUGAAAAAGCUGCUGAGCCAAAACAGCUGCUUCGCGUUGAGGGUGCUACACAUAUGGACCUCUACGAUAACGACAAAUAUCUUGGCGAUGUUAUUGAGAAACUGGCACAAUUCAUGGACAAGAAUUUGUGCCAGUAG